CCGCCCCCCCCAGGCUGCCGGCGCGCGAGCAGUUGGCGCCGCUCCCUGCCUUCCCUCUCCUAUAGUGGAGCGGGGCCGGGCCUCCCGAGUCGGGGGUGGAAGGCGGGGGCCACAUAAUGCCACGCCCCCGCCUCGUCCCCAUUUGAAGCCCCGCGACUCUUCACUGCUGGUCAAUCAGAGCCCGUGCUCUCCCUAGUGCCGGCCAAUGGGAGGUGCGCUCGGGCUGCUUCCGGCUCCGCGCUCCGCUCGCCCCCUCCCAAGGUCUCCCCGCGACUGGCGGGACGCAGGGGCGGGCGUCGGCCGCGGUGACGCGCAGCGGGCCUGGAGCCAAUAAGGGGCGGGCUCGGUGCUGAUGGACGGUGCUGGUGGCCAGUGGAGAGGCGCUGGCCGCACUUCCCGUCGGGGAGAGAGUGUAAUAUGGCGAAGACCUACGAUUACCUGUUCAAGCUGCUGCUGAUCGGGGACUCGGGGGUGGGGAAGACCUGUGUCCUGUUCCGCUUCUCCGAGGACGCCUUCAACUCCACUUUUAUCUCCACCAUAGGAAUUGACUUUAAAAUUAGGACCAUAGAGCUCGAUGGCAAGAGAAUUAAACUGCAGAUAUGGGACACGGCCGGUCAGGAACGGUUUCGGACGAUCACAACGGCCUACUACAGGGGUGCAAUGGGCAUCAUGCUGGUCUACGACAUCACCAACGAGAAGUCCUUCGACAACAUCCGGAACUGGAUUCGCAACAUUGAGGAGCACGCCUCUGCAGACGUCGAAAAGAUGAUACUCGGGAACAAGUGUGAUGUGAAUGACAAGAGACAAGUUUCCAAGGAACGGGGAGAAAAGCUGGCCCUCGACUAUGGAAUCAAGUUCAUGGAGACCAGCGCGAAGGCCAACAUCAACGUGGAAAAUGCAUUUUUCACUCUCGCCAGAGACAUCAAAGCAAAAAUGGACAAAAAAUUGGGCCAGAAAGACAACAUGGUAUGCAAGGACAGAGAGCCACGGCUCGGAGAAAAGCCUCCUAGGUCGCUUGGGCAGGGCCAGGGCUGGUGUCUGAUAACUGCUGGCUCAUCGUCUUGACAAGCAUGGCAGAUCAAGAACCUGCCCCCGCUCCACCCCAGCCCCAGAUGCUACAAGUUGUGACAGCUCUGCGACCUUCAUUGUGUCCCAGGGUUCUCUGAGGCCUCCAGGGAAGUCUGCAUGAAUCCCUACCCAUCUACCCUCUCAUUCGUUUCUUGCUUUUUUUGUUUACCACGUUAGCAAUUUCCUAGUCCACUGUGCUCAGUAUCAAUGGUGCUUUCUUGACGGAAUCAAACACUUCCCUGUACUUUGGGGGCAUUUAGUGCCUAAACGCUGUAGUGACCCUUCCUCCCUCGCCCUGGUUCCAGCAACUGCCCUUUCCCGGCCAUGUUACAUUGGUUGUCCAAUCGAGGAGCACACGGCGCUCUGUUUGUGGGUUAAGUCUGGUCACUUGAGAAUGCACAUAAAAUACAAAAUGCCGUUCAAGUUUUACAUCUGAUGUAAGCAAAUCUGUUUUGUAAUUCUAAGAUGCGGUGUGUUGAACAGUGAGGCAUGUGAUUGAUUUAAUAGCAGCUCUUUGGCCAUUAAAUCAAAAUGGGAAACAGUUCAUGGAAACCAGUGCACUGACCAACAAUAAUUUGGGAUUUUCUUGCAUUUUUUUUUCAGUAUAAUGGUUAAAAUUUGAUUCUUUUUUCUUUUAGUUUUUUUAUUAGUUAAAAAAGAGAUUUUUUUUUUUUUUUUAGAGUCUCACUUUGCCACCUAGGCUGGAGUGCAAUGGCACCAUCACAGCUCACUGCAGCCUUCAACUCCUGGGCUCAAGCAAUCCUCCCACCUCAGCCUCCCAAGUAGCUGGGGCUAUAAGCACACGCCACCAUGCCUGGCUAAUUUUUUUUCUUUUUCUUUUUCUUUUUUUUUUGAGAAGGAGUCUCGCUCUGUUGCCCAGGCUAGAGUGCAAUGGUGCAAUCCCUGCUUACUGCAACCUCUGCCUCCCAGGUUCAAGCAGUUCUUCUGACUCAGCCUCCCGAGUACUUGGGAUUACAGGCACAUGUCACCACGCCCAGCUAAUUUUUGUAUUUUUAGUAGAGACGAGGCUUCACCAUGUUGGUCAGGCUGGUCUUGAACUCCUGACCUCAGGUGAUCCACCCGCCUCGGCCUCCCAAAGUGUUGGGAUUAUAGGUGUGAGCCACCCCGCCUGGCCAUUUUUUCUUUUUUAAGAGGCAGGAUCUCACUUGUUACCCAGGCUGGUCUCAAACUCCUGGGCUCAAGCAGUUCUUCUGCCUCGGCCUCCCAAAGUGCUGGGAAGGGUAUGAUGGGGUGGGUGGAUAAGUGAGAGAGUGGUUGGAAGGGGUGGUAUAUAGCAGAUGGAAAAUAGAUCUGUUUUUGAAAAACCAAUUAUCAGUUGUAAGAGAAUUGGAUGGGUAGAAGAUGAUGGAUGGAUGGUUGGUUGAAAGGGAAUAAAUCGAUGGUUGAUUUGUUGGAAGGAGAUGGUUGGAUAGAUAGAUGAUUGGUUUGUUGGUUGGUUGGAAGGGGAUGGAUGAAUGGUUGGUUGGAAGGAGGUGGUUGCUUGGAAGGGGAUGGAAGGAUGGUUGAUUGGUUAGAAGGAGAUGGUUAGUUGGAAGGGGGUGGAUGGGGGGAAGGAGAUGGAUGGGUGGAUGGAUGGUUGGAAAGGGAUGGAUGGAUGGUUGGUUGGUUGGAUGAGGUGGUUAGAAGGGGAUGGAUGGUUGGUUGAUUGGUUGGAAGGGGAUGGAUGGUUGGAAGAAGAUGGAUGGUUGGAAAGGGAUGGAUGAGUGGAUGGUUCUUGGUUGGAAGGGAUGGAUGGUUGGUUGAUUGGUUUGUUGGUUGGAAGCAGGUGGAUAGAUGGAUGGAAGGGAAUGGGUGAGCGGAUGGAUGGAUGGUUGAAAGGGUAUAGAUGGAUGGUUGGUUGGUUGGUUGGUUGGUUGGUUGGUUGGUUGGAUGGUUGGAAGGGGACAGCUGGAUGGACUGGCAGAUGAUGGAUGGAUGGUUUGAUGGCUGAUUGGUUGGUUGGAUGGCUGGAAUGGUAAUGGAUGGAUGACCUGGCAGAUGAUGGAUGGAUGGUUGGAUGGCUUGUUGGUUAGUUGGUUGGUUUGGCUGGUUUGAUUGGUUUGGUUGUUUGAUUGGUUGGUUGGUUGGUUGGUUGGUUGGAUGGUUGGUUGGAUGGUUGGAUGGAUGGUUAGGUGGAUGGCUGGUUGAUUGUGAGACGUAGUGCUGAUUCUCAGUGAUAACCUCAGAAAACCUCUUGUGAUUUCAGGAAGGCAACAGCCCCCAGGGGAGCAACCAGGGAGUCAAAAUCACACCGGACCACCAGAAGAGGAGCAGCUUUUUCCGAUGUGUUCUUCUGUGAGGAACACCGCCUUACUCUGAGCCUCGCUCAGCCCAGCUGACUGUGCCUGUUCUGAGUGAGCCCCUCACUCAGCCGGGGCCCUCCCACCUCCAACGCCCCGCCCACGCCGCGGCCACCGGGCCCACGGCCACCAGAAUGCAAUUGAGAAAUCGUUUAUUUUAGUAACUGUCUGAUCUUUUUCAACUUUGGAGAUGGAAUAAGUUUAAAAUUUGCUAUUUUUCCUGUAACAUCUGCUGAACGGGCCCACCCACACGUUGUAUAUCCAGAGAGAGGGAGGGAGUCAAGGUGUGACCGUCGACCAUAGCCAGUGUCAGGCCUCUGCCUCUGGGCCUUUGCUUUGUGGCCUCACCGCAACACAAAGCUCCACCAGGAGGCUGGUUCAUGUCCCCUACCACGGAAGCAAGGUCCUAGAAGGCCAGCGGUGGUUCCAGGAGCAACAGGUCCCAAACCCUGAGCAAGGCAACCGAUCGCCAGGCCCAGGAAGCAUCACCCAGGAGAUUUGGUGCCCACUUCCACCUCUUCUCUCAGUUUUGGACAAGUGACAAACCAUUUUGCCCCCUCACUCUUCUUUUUUAACUGUUAAACCAAAGGAAAGCACAAAUGAAGGAAAUCCUGUGUAAAGCAUUGAGAAGGAAAGAAGCCUGGAGCAGCCUCUCCUGUCCACAGCCAGGGGUUAGGUCUGCAGGCCCGUCUGCGGUCCCCAUUGAGCAUCAAGGGGACGCUGUGUGUGCUGCAAGUGACGCCGAAAACAACCACAGCCAUCACAUGGUCCUCCUGAAGUUGGGGCACCCUCCUCUCGGCACCAAAAUGGCCCCCACUCCUUCGUGUCCUCCCGCUGUCUCCAAAUCGGACGUUCUUUCUAGCUGAGAUUUUUAUUUUUCCACAUCUGUAGUGCCAUGAAGCGAUUCUGUCUUUGACUUCCAAUGGCAAACCUGGGUGAUCGGGAACAAGCACGUUGUACCCUUGGCUGGACAUGGCCAAAACACGAGGCAUUCCACGGCGGCAAGCUGACCGCACAGCAGUCUGGCUUGAUUUUCAGCCGUCAUCGUUGGGUUCUGUUUUGACAGCUCUGCUGUCCCAUAGGGACUGCGAUUGGGACCAGGUCAACCAAGCCAGGGGGGUGUCAUCAGCCUUUUCUUUUUUUCUUUCUUUUUUUUUUUUUUUCCUCCUUAAGCUGCUGUCAGUCCAAACCAUUGGCAUCAUCGUUUCUUUUGAAUUAAAACCAACAUAUCAGCAAUAGUCUGCUCUCCCUGGGAAUCUCUAACAUGCUCUGUUUACAUCGAUAAAUGCACUUAAGGAAAACAAAUUAAAGCUCAUCUUAAAGUCCAA